AUGGCUAAUAAAAUCAUAAUUGAUAAUAUCUUCGCUGAAACCCACAGUAAAUUGGAAGGUUUAAAUAGUGAAAUCUCUAACCUUCAAGAUAUUUAUUUAACCAAUGAUGAUUCUGAUGAAGAGUCUGAUAAUGAGUUUAUUGAUAAUAAAACCUACGAUAAAACUUCUUCAGAAUUAUUAUAA